AUCAUCUCAAAUUCUCUCUGUACACUCUUUUAAGGCCAAUAUUUUUCCAUUUCCCAAAACAGAAAAAAAAAUGUUAUCAAUGUCAGUUCAAUCUAGCUUGAGAGGCAAUUUAAGUAUCCCUUCUUUACCUUCACAAAAUCCUUCUUACAAAUCUUUCAAAUGUUCUUCAUUCUCUUUAAACAACAAAGCUUCAUCAACAAGAAAAAUUCAUAAGAUGAUUGCUUCAGCAGUUACAGAAACAGAACCAGUUGCAGCUGAGACUUCUGAAUCUUCUGUUCAAGAAAUUCAGAAGUCUGAUAUGAAGAAAAAGGUAAUUGAGAAACCAAGGCUAGUGUUGAAAUUCAUAUGGAUGGAGAAGAAUAUUGGACUUGGUCUUGAUCAAGUUCUACCAGACCAUGGUAGUGUACCAUUAAGUCCAUACUUUUUUUGGCCAAGGAAGGAUGCAUGGGAAGAGUUGAAAACAACACUAGAGAGCAAGCCAUGGAUAUCACAAAAGCAAAUGAUUAUUUUGCUUAAUCAAGCAACGGAUAUUAUCAAUUUGUGGCAGCAGAGUGGUGGAAAUUUGUCCUAAAUUGUGUUUUGGUAUUUAUUUGUAGGCUAAUGAUUUCAAGUUCUGUUUUUGUUUUGUUUUGUUUUGUUUUGUUGAAGGAAAACAAUUGGAAAAAAUGUGUCAUUUUUGUUUCAAGAUUUA